AUGGAUGUCAAAGGGGCCUUUGAUGCUAUUCUCCCCAAUAGGCUAGUCCUACGACUCCGACAACAAGGAUGGCCGGUUUUCCUGAUUUGGUGGAUCUACCACUUCGUCUCCCACCGCAAAGCUCUAGUCAGAUUCCAGGAUGCUAAAACAGGGCCCGCAGAACUGCCCUGCGGCCUCCCUCAGGGCUCGCCUAUAUCGCCGAUUCUCUAUCUCCUAGCCACCACCCCUAUUUACUCUCUUCCAGGAGCAACGGAAAGAUACGGCUACGCGGACGAUACAGCGAUGCUCUUUGUAGGGGACACUCUGGAGGAGACCACUACAAAAGCAAACACGGCGAUCGCCGCAAUGGAAACAUGGGGGCAGCAAGAGGCUUUCUCCUUCGACCCAGACAAGACAGAGGUCAUGCACUUCUCUAGGAAAAGGAACAGUAGCUCGCCACCGGUCUCCCACCAAGGCAAGGAGAUUAAGGCACAGAAGGCAAUGCGUUGGCUAGGAGUCUGGCUCGACCGCAGGCUCACUUUCAACACGCACAUCGAGAAAUGGUCACUCAAGGCCGAAAAGGUUAUUUCACAGCUGUGGUUCGUUAACAACACAGUCCGCGGAACAUCAGCACUAGCAGCUAGGAGAGCGAUUUAUGCCGUAGCCUUACCCACACUCUUCUACGGGCUAGACACAUGGUUUCCCGGCUUCCUCUCCGAGUCAACACACAAGGGUGCAAGGACGAUUACCAAAACCCAUCUCUCAAAGCUUCAAGUAAUCCUAAACAAGGCCUGCCACGCAGUCCUACCCGUUUGGAAGACCACCCCACAAGUCAUUCUCUGGAAGGAGGCGGGUAUACCGCCAGCAGACAUCAUACUCAAGCAACAACAAGCGCGCACUGCGCUCCGUUAUGCCACACUAGAUGCUACGCACCCGGUAUCCAGAAGGCUAAGACAAGCACAGCAUGAACUUGAUCAGAGCAACCACCCAACAACACGUAUCCAAACCCUGCAGAGGCAUAGCCGACUCCUCCGAACAGCGGCAUGGGCGAAGGAGGUCGAACGACCAAGGUUUAUAGCACGCCGCUUCAAUGAUAACAUCCCGACCGAAGCCGCAGGAAAAAGACCACCCAAAGAAACCACCGCUGUAGAAUUCCAGCACUGGCUUGAGGAUAAACCCGCAGGCUAUGUCGUCUUCAGCGACGGCUCCAAGACAGAAAGAGAUACCGCAGGGUAUGGAUUCGCAGUAUUCCACAACGGACGCCUCGCUGAUUGGGGUUUUGGCCAACUUGGCCGCAGAGAAGUCUUUGACGCAGAAAUCCACGGCGCUCUAGAAGGCCUCCAAUGCGCUGUACUCGCCAACUUCACCAACGAACCAAUCACAGUCUGUAUGGACAACACCUCUGUCAUCGACUGCAUCAGAGCAACAGCACCAAACUCCUCACAGGCCCAGUUCAGAGUCUUUCAGAAGUUGGGAGACAAAUAUCCGUACCAGCCAAACAAGGAGCCAAUCUCCCAGUCCCAGAGCACCUUCCCUCACAAUGGUGGCAAGGAGUCGAGCUACGGAAGCUCCCUGAACUCGCUCUCCCACGCCGUCUUUUGGGAUAUCUACUCGCUGCCCGAUCACACUACGGUGACUUUGCGGACUACCACGAAAGAUUUCACCCAGGCCAGGCGACCCUGGAUUGCCCCUGCGGGCGCCAAAAGUCGCCUACCCAUCUCUUCUACUGCAGGAAAGUCCCUCAUCAUCUCCGGGCUCGGCUCGCACCCGACCCUGAAGCGGCGAUAG